UAUCGCGUCCGAGGUUCUUCCGAGCGCGUAUAUCGCGUUUUUUCUCCCUUUUUUUCACUUCGCACCACCUUCCUCUCUUCACUCUCCUAUCUUUCUCUUUAAUACACAUAAUUCUUUCUUUCCUCGUCUUUUUUCCACAACUCGGUCCUUCUUUAAACUUUCCUUAAAUCUCAUCGAGCUUUUUAUUUCUCUCUCUCUCUCUCUCUCCCUCUCUCUCUCUCUCUCUUUCUCUCUCUCUAUUUUUCUCUUUUCCUCUUUUCUUUUUUCGUGUUUACGCCGUUUACAUCACAGAAAAGAGAUACGCAUUUCGCGCCGCAAAAAAACGUGCGAAAAUUCGAUGACGUUGUCACGCGAUUCGGUCGAUCCUUGAACAUCGAUUGCCCUGAAAAGGAAAAAGUGCACAAGCCAGGAGAGUGCGAAGAAAAGUGCAUCGCGGGAAAUAUCAAGGAGUAGCGCAAACUACGAGGGUACAUAGAUCUAUGAAGAAAACGAAUUUCGUUUCCCUCGAGUUCAACGAUAUUUAUCAUCUUUUCUAUUUGAGAAGAUAGGGGGCGGCUUUAACUAAAAUGAAGAAAAAGAACGUUAGGCGAAGGAGGAGAAGGAGGUACGAAGGGUUGGGAGUGGCGGCUUAUCGACGAAGCGUUAAAUUCUGCAGAAUCGAUGAUGCUCUCGGGGGCGCGUCGACAUCUUGGAUCACCGCUAAAUUCCUCCUAACGUGAGCUCUCGCCUUCGAUCGAUGAUCCUUAGGCCGAUUGAUACUACGGUGACACAUCAUGUUAUCGGAAUCCGCUGCUCGAAAAUUACACUUCAAGAAGAGGCUGAAAAUCGGCGACUUGCCGGAUAUAUCGAAGAUUAAUGCGCGUUCUCGGAUGAUAAAAUGAGCAAGAGCGUGGAAUUGCUUGCUGGAUCGGAGGACAGUGAACCAAUACCAGCCGAUUUUAAUAUCAAUAUGAACUGUCUUCGGUCGUGCCUAAAAAUGAAUGAAAGUAAAAAAAAGAACAAAAAAAGAGGGAAAAAUAAGAGAAAAAUAUGGUUGUGGAUCGCAUGUUCAGAUAACACGACAGAGGAAAGAUCCAGACUGAAUUUGAACGGGAGCAGACAGCUUUCGAAAAGCGCCACGGAGCUCCGGGACAACGAAAUCGAGAAACUCUCGCCGUCGCGGCGCGGCGAGGUCGGUGGUGAGUCCGGGGUGAUACAUCACCACCGGCAUCAUCGACACGCGACGUCGGUGGCACAACGCACGCACACAUUCUUUGCGACUCUGAAGAGCCGCUGGGCUCGUAGCCGUAGCAAAGAACGAAAAAAAUCGAAGGAUGGUGGCGGAGUACCAUCGACCCAAGAGGCAACAACCUUUAAGACUCCUGGCAUCGAGUCUGAUUAUACGGCUGAUUAUUCCUCCGAACAUAGCAGGAGUUCAUCGGCCACACAGAGUCCUGCCAGGCAUUGUCUCAAACAUCCCGAAUCACCGCUGACGCGAGUAGGAAGAGAAAAAAUAUUAACCCUGCAAGAGGACAGUCCUGGAAAAUGCAGCGAUGCGUCUUCGAAAGGAUCAUUGAAUCGUCAGAGUUUCAAGGACGUUCAUACGAGCGAGGAAGCACGCGGUUCCAUGUCGAAUCAAGAUGGGGCCUUCGUCCAGGACGAGAUUAUACGGAGGAGAGAGUUAGCGUUGAGACAGCACGCUUUCUUUCAGCUUCGUCUUCAUAUCAGGAGAGGUGCCAAUCUGAUGGCCAUGGAUAGAUGUGGUGCUAGCGAUCCUUACGUGAAGAUUAAGUCUGCUGGAAGGUUAUUACACAAAUCACGAACGGUUCACCGUGAUUUAAAUCCAGUUUGGGACGAGAGCGUGACUCUACCAAUAGAAGAUCCUUUCCAACCGCUUACCAUCAAGGUCUUCGAUUACGACUGGGGUCUCCAGGAUGACUUCAUGGGAGCUGCUCAGUUGGAUUUGACGCAAUUCGAUCUUGGAUACGCCCAAGAUGUCACCUUGGAAUUAAAAGAUCCAGCUAGGCCGAAGCAACACUUGGGUGAAAUCUGUCUCACUGCUACGCUAUGGCCAAGAAAUCAACAGGAAAAGGAGCAGUACUUUCAGAAAACCAAUCGAUUGGCGGACGUGAAUAGAAAACUAAAGUCGCAAAUAUGGAGUUCGGUGGUAACAAUCGUUCUGGUCGAAGCUAAAAGCUUGUUGCCGAUGGAUAUAGAGGGUUUGUCCGACCCCUACGUUAAAUUUCGCCUUGGUACGGAGAAAUACAAAUCAAAAGUGGUGAACAAGACAUUAAAUCCUGUGUGGCUCGAACAAUUCGAUCUUCAUCUUUAUGAAGACCCUUAUCUAGGACAGGAAUUGGAAGUAACAGUUUGGGAUCGUGAUAGAAGUCAUCAGGACGAUCUCAUGGGUAAAACCGUAAUAGACUUAGCAACGUUGGAACGAGAAACUACUCAUCGAUUAUGGCGAGAUCUCGAGGAUGGUUCCGGAAGUAUUUUUCUUCUGUUAACAAUUAGUGGAACUACAGCGAGCGAAACCAUAAGCGAUUUAGCUGCACACGAAGAAACGCCUAGAGAGAGAACUAAUUUGAUACAAAGAUAUUCCUUAUUAAACACGUUGCAGAGACCCCGCGACGUUGGUCAUCUGACAGUGAAGAUAUAUCGAGCUCAAGGUCUCGCAGCAGCUGAUCUCGGUGGAAAGAGUGACCCUUUUUGCGUCCUGGAAUUGGUGAAUGCUAGAUUACAAACACAAACUGAAUAUAAAACAUUGGCUCCUAACUGGCAAAAGAUUUUCACUUUCAACGUAAAGGACAUAAAUUCGGUGCUAGAAGUAACCGUUUACGACGAAGACAGGGAUCACAAAGUUGAGUUUCUCGGUAAGGUCGCUAUUCCUUUGUUAAGGAUUCGUAAUGGAGAGAAAAGGUGGUACGCUCUGAAGGAUAAGAAGCUGAGAGGUCGUGCCAAGGGCAAUUCGCCACAGAUUCUUCUGGAAAUGACUGUAAUUUGGAACGUAUUCAGAGCUUGCAUCAGAACUCUAAAUCCUAAGGAAAAGAAGUAUAUGGAACCUGAGAUCAAGUUUAAGAGACAGGUUUUUUUGAGAAACGUACUUAGGCUCAAAGCUAUCAUUCUCUUCUUCAUCGAAAUGGGAAAGUAUAUACAGAGUUGCUGGGAGUGGGAAAGUAAACCAAGAAGUAUCAUUGCGCUGACCCUCUUCGUUCUUGGAUGUUACUAUUUCGAACCUUACAUGAUACCAGCAUUGGCGUUACUGAUUCUUCUGAAAUAUUACCUGCUUAACAAGGAGGAUGGGAGUGGAUUCAAUCAAUGGAUUUGCGGACAGGUCGCCGCAGUUACUGGUGCGUCUUUGACACAUCAAACGAGCCCGCACUUUCAAGAUACAUCGGACAUGAUGUCCGAUGAUGGACCGGUAACACCAGGUGACGAUGACGAUGACGAGGAUGAUAAAGACAAAGAAGAGAAAAAAAGUCUGAAGGAACGGUUACAGGCGAUUCAGGAGGUUACCCAAACCGUACAGAAUUCAAUCGGUUACAUCGCCAGUCUUUGCGAGAGAAUAAAGAAUCUUUUUAAUUUUACAAUUCCUUACCUCAGUUAUUUGGCUAUGACCUUGACGAUAAUCGGUGCAGCUGUACUCUAUUACAUACCAGUAAGAUACCUUAUACUUGCCUGGGGCGUGAACAAAUUCUCGAGGAAAAUCUUCAGGCCACAUUCGGUGCCUAACAACGAGGUACUAGAUUUGAUAUCUCGAGUACCUGACGACGAGGAGAUACUUAACUAUAGGGAACUGAAGCCAUUACCUACGGCUGAUUGCGAAAGAGGAGGAGGCUCGGGUGUUAGCGGUGGUAACACCGCGAAAAGGGAGCAACGGAAAAGACACAAAGCGGCGUAACAGAAUGGCCCGCGGCCGGAAGUCGCGGGUCCAAGGUCAUCCAGUAUAUUAAAGUCGGUACUCUUACGUAAAAGAUUGAAACAUCGAAAAGAAUCUACCGAUAAUCCGGAUCAAGUCGUCGACGUCGACUGAUCAACGACUGAUGAUCAACUGGAUGAAGAUUGAAAAGGAAGAAGCAUCGUCGUUUUUCCGUCGCGGAGACCGACCAAAGUAUGUCUCUCUCUUUUUGAAGGUCGUUCCAGUGAACUUACUCGAUCGAUAACUGGGGCAAAAAUGGGGGUGGCAGGGGGAGGGAAUGAGAAAAAGAGAGAGAUAGAUAGAUAGAUAGGUAGAUAGGUAGAUAGAUGGAUAUAUAUGUGUAUGUAUAUAUAUAUAUAUAUAUAUAUAUAUACACACUAUCUUCGUGAGAUAUAGCUGACGUGUUAAACGAUCUUGCUCGCAAAAAAAAAAAAAUAUCUAUCCUUUAGUAUUACGAAUAGAAUACGUUCUUUCAUUGGUCGGAAAUGUAAGAGAUGAGUCCAAAGAUAAGCUCCUUGCUUGAUAUCUCGCUAUUAUCGACUACAAUGCUUGCUGGUGUGUUAAUGAUUUAUACCCGAUAAACCCAAGAUCCUCGUGAUGAUGUUAAAUCAUUCUCGUUGGUCAAUUUUUGUAUGACUAUUAUCUCUUUUCUUCAUUCACGAAGCAGAUCGUCGAUGAAAGUAAUUCCUGUUUCGUUUUAUUCGCAAAAUAAAUCGUUAUAGCGGUAAAAGAUAUUCCAAAUGUCAGCACAAACGGAAUACAUCAAUCGACGCGAUGAUAUCUAAACGAGUACAAAUCUUUUCCAAGAAAUAAUUAGCAUUUACAGAUGUGAUUUCUUAGCAGAGAUCUCCUAUAUAAUUUCUCAACAUUUUAUUGAUACAUAUGAGAGUUAUGAAUGAUUUUUUACGAGUUGAGUGUUUCUGAUGCACAGAGAUCCAUCACGUUUCAUAGAAAUCCUACGGUUUCCUUUUCGCUUUCCAAAGUUAUCGGGAUUCGAUCGAUAUUAUAGAAAAAAGAAGAAAGAAAACAAAGAAAAAAAGAACUUGGACGAACGACCAACAAUACGUAUUAUAUAACACAUUUCAUAUUGAGAAAAAUAUCUCGUUGGGAAUAAUCUGUUAAAAAGUAAACAUGAUCUAUAAAAGAAGGAAAAGAAAAUUACAAGAAAGAAAAAUAUUUAAAAAAAAGAAAAAAAAAGAAAAAAGAAGAAAAAAGAAAAGAAAAAACAUUUAGAGAAAUAAUGAAUCGCCAAUACAUUUUGAUAUUAUCUCUCUGUAUUUUUGUGAUAGGAUUAUUCGUAAUAAGAAGAUUUACAAAUUCACGACUUUCUUCUCUUAAACUUUAAAUAUUAGAUCAACGGGUAAAGAAAAUUACACAAAUGUGUAAAUCGUCUAUUCUUAUCGACGAAGAUCCUUCUACGAAUCAAAUUGUCUCGAGAACUAUUUGAGGAACUUUUUCGAUGGGAUCUCUUUGAAAGUAUCUCCUAUGGAAAAUAGAUCGCAUUUCGUGAGAAUAUCGAUAAAAAUAAAAAUAUAUAAAUAUAUAUAUAUAUAUAGGAAAUUUAAUAAAAUUUCGACUAAAACCAAAUAUUAGUUAUAAAUAACAAAUGAUAUAAACGAAUGCGAAGGUUCACUUUCUUAGAUGAACAAACGUCGAUCGUUUCGUCCAUUGGUGUUGUUAUAGCUUAGCCAUUGAAAUUGUUAACGUGUAAUGAAAACGAUUAGAAUGCGUGAGAGUGAGAGAGAAAGCGAGAGAAAAAGUUACAUAGCUAAAUAACAAAAAAAAAAAAAAAAAAAAAAAAGGAGAGAAAGAAAGAAGAGAAUAAAUUAAAUUAUAAAAAGAUAUAUAGAAAUAUGUUAAACAGAAUGGGCAAGAGAAAAGAUGCGAAAGAGUAAAGCUACGACAAAGAAAAAAAAAAAAAGAAAAAAAAGAAGAAGAAAAGAGGAAAAUGGAAACUUAUGAAGUAUGGUAAAUAUUCUGCAUACGAUACUCGUUACGAAAUCUCAUUAUCACGAUUAUAUUACAGAUUAUUAACCAGAUGAAAUAUCUUUAAAAGUGCAUAUAUAUAUAUAUAUAUAUUCAUACAUAUGUAUUAACGAAUAUCGCGUCUUUAUUCUCACGCAUACACACUAAUACAUACAUAAAUGUUUUACAAUACGUUACUUCGCUUUUUCCAGUCGAAUUAUUGGAUUAUCCGAUAUACAACAUGAAUAAGUCAACAAGAAAAUGUUAAAGUAAAAAAUUUACUGGUUCGUUUAACUUUUUUACAUUUUUUAUAUGGCACGGAGCUUCCACUAAAAAUAAAAAAAAUUUCGUUCUUUCUUUUUUUUUUUUACAUGAAUAUCUCGGAAUUUUUUUAUUUAUUUUUUUUUUUACAUUUAACACGAGAAAGCGAAUAACGCAUUGUUCCAUUUUUCUUGUUAUAAUAUAAAGAAUUGCACGUGUGAGUCGUGAAGAAGAGUGAGAGGAAACACGAAACAGAAGAAACAGAAUAUUGUUGACCCAUCUCUCGGUUUCCUAUACUAUGUCGACAACAUUAUGCAGGCGGUAUCUAUUUACCAAAUUUUCCUCUUCCAAUCGUUUCGUUCUUCUAAUCAUGUGCAUUUCAAGGACGUCAAGCGGAACGUUAGAGAAGCGUGUUUUUGUAUGCAUCAAACAAUUCCUAUUUCUAUCCAUAUUUGUAUUCGUAUUUUACAUUCGUAUUUUAUAUUAACAUAUUUAUAUUUAUACGUUAUUACGGACAUACGUUUAAUUAAUUAAUUAAUUAAUUAAUUAAUUAAUUAUAAAAAAAAAGAAAAAAGAAAAACAAUAAGCGACUUUGUAUCUUCCGUCGAUCGAAGAACGGUGAAAUGUGUUACGAAUUUGAUACGCAUUUUGACGUGAUCAUUAUCUUGUAGGUAUAUGGAAUAUAUCAUAUGGAAUUUCUAGAAAUGUUAAUUAGAUAUUAAUCAACGCUUAGCACACUUUCUUACUUAGCUUAUUCGGUGGUAAUUUAAAGAGAAAGAGAAAAAAAGAUAGUUCCAUAUCAAACACAUUGAUUUCUCUUGGUAAUUUUUGUUAUCGUUGAAUAUUUCAUUUGGACACGUUUCAACGAGGAUGUUCUAUUUUUGACAAAUUCAAUUACUUCAAUAAUCACGCAUAAUUCGAAAUAAUUAUGUUUCCGCGACGUUCGUUAGACGUUUUUAAUCGACUACCAAUAAUUUUGUCUAGCAACUUUUUUAAUCCAAUUCACCGUGUUCCUACUUAUUUCGUCAAUUAAUCUCACCGAUAUUAUGAACAUUUCGUUCAGAAAUCCGUAAGGGAGAACACGAAGAAGUACCUGCCGCAUUGAAGUCAGUAUUAAAAGAGAUAGUAGCGAGCAAGCAUUCGGCGGAAAUGGAUAGAUUUAUAGAUUUAUCAAUCGUUUCACUAUAUUUAUUAGUCAAAUCUUUUUCUACUCUUCCGAAAGAUAUAAUAAAUUCUCUCUAUUCCUCGUAUUUUAACUUAUAUACAUACGUAUAUACCUACAACGUAUAACAUUCUUUUUCUCUUCUUUUUUUCUUUUCGAGAAAAGCACACAUACACAAACAUACGUACACACUUACGCGGUCGUACUCACGUUUGUUGCAUUUGAAAAAAGAAAGAAAGAAAAAAAAAAAAAUCGUGUACUUUCGAGUUUGCAUGUUUCGAGUUUUUUCCUGUGUGAUAUAAUGAAUUUCUUCAUUCACAUCUUUUUAAGUAUUAAAAAAGAGUUAGAAGAAAAGAAGAAAGAGUAAGUGUCUUACGAGAUCACGAGGUCGCAAGAACUAUUUUCGAUUUUUAAUCGUUAUCGAGUUUUAGCUCGCUCUACAGUCAGUCGAAUGAAUCGUUCCGCACACGUCUGUGUCUAUUCUUAUCAAAUUUAAUAAUUCAAAAAAGAAAAGGAAAAAAUAUAAAAGCUCGUGUGAAAUUUCAAAGAUUUAGUUGCAAAUUAAAAAUACGAAUUAAAAGGUAACGUUCGCGAUCGUGAUUCGAUCGACAGCAUUUUACCAGUUGUCUCGUCAUCGAUCCGAUCGCGAACAAGCAAGUAAAGAAAAGUAAUUAAAUAAAUUAUUAAUUAAAAAAAAAAC